CACCAGGGGCCUGAGUCUGCUAUUACAAUUGUGGCAGAAUGAUCGAUCAUUGGUUUCAAAAUUGUCGAUUUUGACAAGUUUGGUAGUCUACUAAUAUAAUGGCGUCAUUAUGACUUUCCAAUGGUCAACCACUGACACUCCAUUGAAAGAAGUGGCACAGAAUGGUAAUCUCGUACACAAUGACAGAUGAUAGUCUGACUUAUGCGGUAAUCUGCUAAAAUUUUGACAGUUCCUUUUAUCAGUGACCUACCAUUGGAACGUCAUUGUGCAAACAUUGCCUAGUUAGCUAUUGUUCUGUAUCGAAAUUAAAAACUUUGUUUUAAAUCGUGCAUCGAAGAAUGUAUUCACUGCGAACAAAUAUUCUAAUACUAGCCAACGCAGUGGAUGCUAGUGAAAAAAGACGCAGGGAAGCCAGAAAACGCCGUUUAGCCCGUCGGUUGAUGAGAAUCGACAUGAACCCCUUCACUGAUGUUCCUGAGGCGGAAUUUGUAAAAACGUUUCGCCUUGGAAAAGACUCAGUGAGGGGGUUAAUUGACGAACUCACUCCUCUGAUGACUAAACCGCGUCGAAAUGAUAGCAUAUCGGCAGAAAUGAAGAUUCUAAUAGCACUUGCGUUUUACGCAUCGGGGUCCUACCAAAAUUUGAUUGGACAGAGUGCCCUUCAUAAUGUGUCUCAAAUAACUGUGUCGAGAUCUAUAAAGGAAGUAACAGAGGCACUCAAUAAAAUUUAUCAUAAAUAUGUUAAAUGGCCUACACAAUCUGAUGAAAGAAAUAUUAUAAAGGCGAAGUUCUAUCAAAAAUUUGGAUUUCCUGGUAUCCUGGGUUGUAUUGAUGGCACCCAUGUAGCAAUACUGAGGCCGCACAUACAUGAGGAACGGUAUUAUAAUAGGAAGGGCUUCCAUUCCCUUAAUGUUAUGAUAAUUUGCGAUUCAGAUUUAAAUAUUUUAUGUGUGGAUGCAAGUACCCCAGGCUCUGCUCAUGAUUCCACUGUAUGGCAGAGUCAUCCACUCAGUCUACACCUAAAACAAAUUACAGAAAAUACUAAUGAACAAGUAUUUUUAUUAGGUGACAGUGGCUAUCCACUAAGAAAAACGAUGAUGACCCCAAUCCUCAAUACUAUAGAAGGGACACCACAACAUCACUAUUAUGUGAAACAUGUGACUGCACGCAAUACAGUGGAGCGUUGCAUCGGGGUAUUAAAAGCACGUUUCAGGUGUUUGCUUGUAGCACGUACAUUACAUUAUAGCCCAAUAACUGCGGGCAAGAUUGUGAAUGCAUGUUGCGUAUUACACAAUAUUGCAAACACAGCAAGAGAACCAUUGCCUUCUGAUGAAGUUUAUGAAGAAGUACUUCGCUUGCAACAAGAGGAAAAUAAUUAUGCAGCACCAAAUGACCAAGAUCAUCGAAGGGUGAACCGGGACCUUCUUGAAGGUCGGGCACUACAGCAAGCUCUUGUUGACAGACUGUGGAGAGAUGCAUAAAUUAAAUUAGCAUAUCCCCAGGAACAAAACAAAGGUUAAAAAUAAAUUAAGUAAUACUAUUUUUAUAAA